AUGGCUGAGACUACAUUAGAACUCGAUUUUUACAGAUCGAAGAGCGCUACGCAGUGGACGAGGACAACGAAGAAAACGAAUUUAUGGGUUCCCGAAUGGUCGAAAAAGGACAUCUUCCGGCUGAAAAUGAUCGUCCUUGAUGGUAUGCGAGUUGCGAAACCGCCACCCCUGUCGACACCUCUUUUUAGCUGCUGUAGCGAGCUGAAUUUGCACAAUAAUCUCUUGCACAGAUGGAAAGACGUGUUCGACAUUGUCAAUUGCUUCCCAAACCCUGAGGGAGCUGAUUUUGAGGCAAACGCAAUGGAAAAUGUGGACCGAGUCGAUGCUUUUGCCGACUACCCCCGAUGUAAAGGCCCCAGUUUUUCACUUGGUGCUGAAUUAUUGCGGUGUUUCGGAGACGACGGAUCACCGCUGUGUUGUCGAAAUUUCCCGGCUGUCACGGAUCUGUACGCCAGUGGCAAUUGCUUGACUUCAUUCAACCCGGGAGAUUGCCGGACAAGGGCUCGUCGACCUCGAGCACAAAUCCGAUCCCCAGCUUCCCGCUUCGAUCGACUCGGCAAACACCCGAUUACUGGGCUCGAAUCCUUGAGCUUGAUGAAUUGCCGUGUUUCGGAGGUUGCGCUUUCCGGACGAUUUCCAAACCUGAAAACGCUGUAUUUGAAGAGAUCCGUUGCACGAGAUUUCGUCAAUCGCUACAGCCAACUCGCAGAAGCUUUGAAGGCGCCUCACGAAGCCGACCUCAAGCGACCCAUAGCUAUUCACGGCGAGCCGAUCGAGGAAACCGUCCCGAAAGGAAUUUCGGUGAUCCGUGAAAUUGAUCUACGAGGGAAAACUGGUGGAACCGCCAGUCCCGGCGUCAAUCACGUUUCAAUUGAUGAACCCCUGACGAGCUAUCGAUUCUGGCCCGACAGCUCUCCUUCCUCCGUAGAGGCCGGCGACACGAUAGAAGUUGAUGCC